AUGGAACCACCAAAACUUACCCAUGACCACGAAUGGGUCAUACAUAUAAGUCGAGCCCUAGAAGAACGCCUCGAAGAGGACGAUGAACCAGUUCCCACUAGCAUCUUCAGCGUACCCAAAAUCCUAAUGUCUAUCAAACCAGAAGCAUACACGCCACAGCUUGUAGCCCUCGGCCCAUACCACCACCGGCGGCUUGAACUCUUGGAAAUGGAGCACUCCAAGCUUGCUUCAGCUAUGAGAGUGCAAAAGCACAUCAAAGAAAUCAAAUUUCGUGAUUUGGUUAACCGCAUUGUGGAAAGUGAUUGCAUCAUUCGAGCUUGCUACCAUCGAUUCUUGGUGUUUGACCCAGAAACACUCGCAUGGAUAUUUGCCAUUGAUUCUGCCUUCAUAUUGGAGUGCCUCCAAACCUAUUCUUCCAUAACAAACCGAGGCUCAUUUUUGCGAAUAUCUUCUAAAAUGGCGCAGUGGAUCGACUACGCUAGGAAGAAAACCACACAUGACCAUGCAAUACUCAGGGAUAUCAUCAUGCUGGAAAAUCAGAUCCCUCUCUUUUUGCUUAAAGAAGUCCACCACGCAUUUUAUUAUUACGAAGAUCGUGACGAAGUAUUAGCCGACAUGCUGUUGGGUUUCUGCAAAGAUCUAUCACCCAUCAAGUAUGUUAAUGAUCAACAAAAUUUCAGGGAAGAAUGUUUCGCGAGAGCCCAUUUGCUAGAUCUUCUAUACUACAUGGUAAUUGCGCCAAACUUGCAACUUUCAACUGAUUGUGAGCAGGAAAAGCCAGAAGAGGAUAAAGAGAUUGGUUGGUCUAGAAAAGCCUGGAAAUUAAUCUUGAAAUCGCUGUGGUAUAUUUAUUUUACCCCACUCCUCCUCCUUAACAGAAUUUUCAAGUCGAAAGUAGUCACACUCAUACUCUCAAUACCAUUCACAAUAAUCUCGACUUUUGCGAAUCGAGGAAGCAAGAGUGCUACUGCUAUAACCGACCUAAUAUCGACUGCAGAGAACGUGGCUGAGAAUUUGGAAAUCCCAUCUAGUCAUGACGACGGGAAAGACGAAAUUAUUCACUUAGAUGAUAACUCCGAGGUGGUGCUAAGGAACCUCGUGGCCUACGAGGCAUGUAUUGCGCCUGAGGUGAUGGCUUUUACACGUUAUACAGAGUUGAUGAAUGGAAUAAUUGAUACAGAGGAGGAUGUGAGGAUUCUUCGUAACGCAGGGAUCAUCUUGAACUGCCUCAAAAGUGAUGUAGAAGUGGCAACACUUUGGAAUGGGAUGACGAAGUCUGUGAGGGUAACGAAAGUUCCAGUUCUUGACAAGGCCAUUGAAAGCGCGAAUACUUAUUAUUCGAAGAGUUGGAAAGUGAGCAUGAACCUAAACAUGAAGAAUUAUAUCUUUUCUUGA